AUGGUGCGUCUAAAGGUGUCAUCUGUGAUGGAGGUGAUCAACAUAUGGAAGACGACGUCGGGUGGUGCCCAAGAUGUAGUUGGAGACUCACUUUGCAAGGCUGGAGCUGGCGACGCCUCAAUGGUUGGGCCUGGGGAUGCCUCAGCAGCUAGGCUUGGUUACUUUGCUGGCGUGACAAAGAGCUUGGGAGUAGGAGACACUGGUGAAUUCUGGGUAUGCGACGCUGCAAAGAAGAAGGCCUGCACCAGUGUUGGGGGCGGCGCCAUCAUGGCUGGCAGUAGGCUAUGCCUUGGGCGCCAACUGGGUGAUGCCAUGGAGGCCUGGGCUAUGUUAGGGGAAGUAUGUGGUCUGGGCAAUGCCCAGGAGACUUUGGAAAAUCCAGGAGAAGGGAAGGCACGCUGGGGCACGAACCAAAGUAUCAAAAAACCAUAA